AUGGAUCACCGAAUAUUAUUUAAUAAUGAUGAGGAUAACGAGCUCGACGAAGUGGUUAUUGCAAUGCAAGGACGACCUCGAAUUUUUUACGCGCGAAUUAACUACAUCGAAUUCUACGACAACCAUGAUUUCAUAAACCUUCGCCUUUCGAAAGAAACGUUUCGCACUGUCUUGAGAAUGAUAGAAGCAGAUAUUCAUCCACCUUCUCAAAGGAACAGAGAAAUAUUAGCACCAUCUAAGUUGUACAUGAUGCUUAGGUACUUUGCAACAGGCUCAUUUUUGGUAACUGUCGCGGACUUUACUGGUGUCAGUGAAUCCUCAGCUUGUCGAUACAUUCAUCAAGUUUGUAGAGCCAUAGCAUAG